UCUGCGACUUGAACUCUCUGUGUCUCAAGUAUCUCUCGAUGGCCGUGGCUGCUUUUGCUUUGCACCUCCAAUUGUUCAGCUUCACAAACUCAGAAACAAGUGCAAGGCCAUGGCUUUCAUACAAAACAAACUUUUUGCAUUCUCAAAAGAAAACUCAUUUCUGUUUAAUUUCUUGCUCUUCCUCUUCUUCUUCUACUUCAGAGUCUCCAGAAGCCAAUAUAGAGACAGCUGAGUCCUGCGUCAACUUGGGUCUCCAGCUCUUCUCCAACGGACGGGUAAAAGAUGCUCUGGUCCAGUUUGAAACAGCACUUAAUUUGGAUCCUAACCCAAUGGAGGCCCAAGCUGCACUUUAUAACAAAGCAUGUUGUCACGCCUACCGAGGGGAAGGAAAAAAAGCCGCUGAUUGUCUACGAACUGCAUUGAGAGAAUAUAACCUUAAAUUUGGUACAAUUCUGAAUGAUCCUGACUUGGCCUCCUUUAGAGCUUUGCCUGAAUUCAAAGAAUUGCAAGAAGAGGCUAGGUUGGGUGGGGAAGACAUAGGCUACGGUUUCCGAAGAGAUCUCAAACUCAUUAGUGAAGUCCAAGCACCAUUCCGGGGUGUUAGGAGAUUCUUUUAUGUGGCAUUCUCUGCAGCUGCAGGAAUAUCAACGUUCUUUACUAUACCCAGGCUAUUUCGUGCAAUUAAAGGUGGUGAUGAUGCACCUGAUUUAUGGGAAACUGCUGGAAAUGUUGCCAUUAAUGUUGGAGGUAUCAUUGUCCUGGUGGCACUGUUUUUAUGGGACAACAAGAAAGAGGAGGAACAACUUGCCCAGAUAUCCCGAGAUGAAACCCUAUCAAGGUUGCCUUUGCGCCUUACCACUAAUCGAGUUGUUGAACUCGUGCAGCUGCGAGACACUGUUAGGCCAGUUAUUUUAGCAGGGAAAAAAGAGACUGUUUCUUUGGCCAUGCAGAAGGCAGAGAGAGUCCGGACUGAGCUCCUUAAGCGAGGUGUUCUUUUAGUCCCUGUUAUCUGGGGUCAAGGUAAGGAACCACAAAUUGAGAAGAAAGGAUUUGGUGUACCGCCAAAGGCAGCUGCUGCUCUUCCUUCUAUUGGAGAAGAUUUCGAGAAACGGGCUCAGUCCAUAAGUGCAAAAUCAAGGUUGAAAGCCGAAAUUCGAUUUAAGGCUGAGGUUGUAUCACCUGCAGAAUGGGAAAGGUGGAUAAGGGAUGAGCAACAAUCUGAAGGAGUUACUCCUGGUGAGGAUGUCUACAUUAUACUGCGACUAGAUGGUCGGGUUCGAAGAUCAGGGAGAGGCAUGCCUGACUGGCAAGAAAUUGUGCAGGAGCUGCCACCAUUGGAGGCAUUGCUAAGUAAGCUAGAAAGAUAGAUGCUUGUUCUUUUUCUGUCUCUCUGCUUGUUAUGUAUAAUUUUCUGGAAAGCAAGUCCUUUGAUGCUGGUUAAAAAUCUUUAUCCAUUCUUUCAUAUUUCCCAACUAUCAAUGUAUUAUGAAAUUACAAAGCAAAUUUUGGGAAUGGAGAAAUUGAUAUUGGUAUUUGGAAGCUGAUAA